AUGGUCGCAUGGUUGCCGUCAGACAUGCCUGGCAUCGACCCGAACAUCAUCUGUCACCGACUCCACGUCAACCCUGCCUGCAAGCCAGUGGCGCAGAAGAGACGCAACUUCGCACCCGAGCGAGUCGCUAUCAUCAAAGCCGAGAUUGACAAACUCCUAGCUGCUGGCUUCAUCGAAGAGGUCUUCUACUUAGAGUGGCUCGCCAACGUUGUUUUGGUGGCAAAACAAGAUAAGGGAAAGUGGAGAGUCUGCAUCGAUUACACGAACCUCAACAAAGCGUGCCCAAAAGACAACUUCCCAUUACUGAGAAUCGACCAAUUAGUGGAUUCCACUUUUGGAAAUUAG